GAUGCCGCGCACCGCCCUAGCCGUCACCGCCGCCAGGCUUUCUCCGGCCGUCGCCUCCACUGCCCCUGCUUCGAGGGCCGGAGGGCCCGGGCGUCCCUGGCAAGAGGAGGCUGCGGGUGGGAGCCUUCGCGGGCACUGCGGAGCGGGCCGGGGGAGGCCGGGAUGGAGUCCCCCGGAGUUGACUGACGCACCGAGCCGGGUUCCAGAGUCUCGCGGCGGGAUCGAGGGGCUUCCUGGGGCUGCAACGGAUGGUCGGAGCGCAGCGCCGCCAUGGCUCAUCUCAGGGGAUUUGCCAACCAGCACCCCCGCGUGGACCCCGAGGAGCUCUUCACCAAGCUUGACCGCAUCGGCAAGGGCUCGUUCGGGGAGGUGUACAAGGGCAUCGACAACCGCACCAAGGAGGUGGUGGCCAUCAAGAUCAUUGACCUGGAGGAGGCGGAGGAUGAGAUCGAGGACAUCCAGCAGGAGAUCACAGUGCUCAGCCAGUGCGACAGCCCCUACAUCACUCGCUACUUCGGCUCCUACCUGAAGAGCACAAAGCUGUGGAUUAUCAUGGAGUACCUGGGAGGUGGCUCUGCAUUGGACCUGCUUAAGCCCGGCCCCCUGGAGGAGACCUACAUCGCCACGGUCCUGCGGGAGAUCCUGAAGGGCCUGGACUACCUGCACUCGGAGCGCAAGAUCCACCGCGACAUCAAAGCUGCCAAUGUGCUGCUCUCGGAGCAGGGUGACGUGAAGCUGGCAGACUUCGGGGUGGCUGGGCAGCUCACAGACACACAGAUCAAGAGGAACACGUUUGUGGGCACCCCUUUCUGGAUGGCCCCCGAGGUCAUCAAGCAGUCGGCCUAUGACUUCAAGGCCGACAUCUGGUCCCUGGGGAUAACGGCCAUUGAGCUGGCCAAGGGCGAGCCUCCCAACUCGGACCUCCACCCCAUGCGCGUCCUGUUCCUCAUCCCCAAGAACAGCCCGCCCACGCUGGAGGGCCACCACAGCAAGCCCUUCAAGGAGUUCGUGGAGGCCUGCCUCAACAAAGACCCCCGAUUUCGGCCCACCGCCAAGGAGCUCCUGAAGCACAAGUUCAUUGCGCGCUAUACCAAGAAGACGUCCUUCCUGACGGAGCUCAUUGACCGCUAUAAGCGCUGGAAGGCGGAGGGGCAUGGCGAGGAGUCCAGCUCCGAGGACUCCGACAUUGACGGGGACGCCGAGGACGGGGAGCAGGGCCCUGUCUGGACGUUCCCCCCAACCAUCCGGCCGAGCCCGCAUGGCAAGCUGCACAAGGGGACAGCGCUGCUCGGCCCCCAGAAGCCGGCAGAGCCUGUCCAGAGGCAGCCGAGGUCCCAGUGCCUGUCCACGCUGGUCCGGCCUGUCUUCGGAGAGCUUAAGGAGAAGCACAGGCAGAGCGGCGGGGGCGUGGGGGCGCUGGAGGAGCUGGAGAACGCCUUCAGCCUGGCCGAGGAGUCCUGCCCUGGUAUCUCAGACCAGCUGAUGGCCCACCUGGUGGAGCGGGUGCAGCGGUAUUCACACAACAGGAACCACCUGACCUCGACCCGCUGAAGUGUGCUGGUUGUGGAGCUCCGGGAGGAGGGUCUCAGCUUAGGGCUUCCUGAGGACUGGGCUGAAUCAGAACCCCUCGUGCUGUGUCAUGGCUGCGUGGGCCUCACUGCUGGGCCACAGCCCCCACCCCGUGCACAGGACAGCCCAGCUUCCGCUGCAGCCCCGAGGCAGGGGCUGGUCUUGUGAGGCCCCCUGGUAGGCCAUCCCCUCUGCAGGCUUGGGUGGUGCAGCCACCAGCCUGAGGAGCAGCUGGGGGGCAGGUGUGGUCCCCCUGUGGUCCUAGAUUUGCCUUGUGGUGUCGGAUCAGGUACCAUGUCUUGUAAGUACUCGUGUCAGAACGUUUUGUAUACAAGAAACCAAACAAUGUCCUUGCUUCCCUAAAU